AUGGCAGUGGGCGCUUCGGGUGCAUCGCCCGCCCAGAGUCCGAGAAAGGGCAUCCUGCAAGGAGAUAUCAAAAAGGGAAAUCGGCGAAAAACAGUUCUGCUCUGGCAGAAGGGCUUGGCUCAUGUCAAGACAGAACUGGAGAGUGGACUCCGGCCAAUCCGAACCCGCUCCCGUGGGCAAACCAGGUCUGGCAGCUUCCAUGCAGGGACGAACAUCCCACAAAGGUUUCGCCUCGCGUGGGAGAAAGGCUUUCGGGGCAUUGUCGCAGCAGUGUACGCGGACGUCCUUCAGGAACGCAUGGCAGACUGUCGGACCGCCGUUCCCGAGGCAUUGAUGAUCAAUGGGCGCAAUAACCUCUUCUUCCUGCUGCUCCGCAUCAUUCAGAAAGACAGGAGUUUCGAGACGGUCUCCCCGAUUGAAGAGGAUGAAGGUGCAGGUGGUGAGCCACUGUGGAAGGUCAUCGAGAGCACGACCAAGCCUCACAAUGGUCAGUGGGCGAGGCAAGGAGAGGAGGAGAGCAGCUCCCAUCCAGUUCUGUUGGCGCAGGCGCAGGAAGAGGGACCCAUCGCCACCCAGAAGGUGCAGAGGAAACUCUCAGACUAUCGGCGGGGCCACUUCGCCUCAUGGCACGAGUUCUGGAGCUACUACCGUGAGACGGACAAGGCGGCUCCCUUGUCUGGUCCGUGCUGGCGCCGCGAGCUGACGGAACUCAAGGGCGGCAGCAAGGACAAAGUCGACAACCCCGGCCGGCCAUCCCGGCCGAUGACGAGGGCAUCUGCCGGAUCAGCAGGAUCUGAUGAACAGUCGGAGGAUGCAUGGAACGAUUGGCCGCCAGUGGAGCCAGAAUCUCCGCUUCUGGCGAGACGGCCAGCUCUUCAGGAGGAUCGCAAUCCAUUGGCUGAGAGAUACUCGCCAACACGGCGGUACUCAAGCUUUCAGGAUCAGAAAAAGUGCCAAACCAUGUUGGAAAACAUCGAGAUGCCCACACACUGUGCUUUGGUACUCCGAUCUGGCAAGGAAUACCAUUGUCCGAAGCGGCUGGGCCUUUCCCUCUCCGCGCUGCCACCUGUUCCGCACACGAUCCACAGCGCGCGGACGGUGAAGCAGGAAUCGAGGAUCAAGCCACUUCGAUUUGGUGCUGCCACAACUCGCGAGUCCACCGGCGUUCGCAGCCGCCUGGAGCGGAAGCAGGCCGAGCGUCAGUCUGAGCCUCUUCGAGCCAUCAAAGAGAUGGCAGGUCAGCAGCCCUCUUCGAAGUGGCAUCCAGGCCUCCAUGACUGGGUCCAGCUCCGUACAUGGCGCCACGAGCGGCAUGACGGCUUCUGCGGUGAGAAUCUGCGCGCCGCUUCGCCCGUCUCGUCCUUGAAGCCAAGCAUGACCUUCCAGGAGCCGCGGUCCGAGCCACUCACGACCUUCCACAGGCCCUGGUCAGCAGAGCGAGGCAGCCACUGCGGCCCAGAUGCGCCACCUCUGCAGCGUUACGCGAAGGUGUGCAUGGACUGUGGGUUGCAACCGCAGCAGGUGGUCGUCGGUUUUCUUGGACAGCAGCUUCCAUUCCUCGAUCUUCGCGGCUUGGGCUAUUCUGAUGAAGAUUUAUUGGCAUUGACUGCCGCUUUUCCAUACGCAGGAAUUCUGGAAAGAGUUGACCUUGGCCAGAACUCCAAGAUCACCAACCGGUCUGUUUGUCCGCUGCUGGAGUGCGUGGCUGCCAGAUUUGCAGACAUGGUGGCGGCUCUCCACCUAGACAAGUGCAUCCAAAUUGGUCGCACCAUCCUGAGGGGCCUGAGUGGGGCAAGAUGUUUCUUGGAGUUUUUGGGGCCUCUGAAGUUCUGCUCGGCAUGGGAGGUGAAGCAAUCCAGCUUCUCACGCAGCUUGUCCUUGGGCCUAUGGUGA